CUCGCCAUGGCCAGUUACAGCUUCAGGCAAACCAGCUCCUCUGUGGUGGGGGGGCCCUUGGGCUCCUCGCUGCGGUUCGGCAGCUUCAGGGCCCCCAGCAUGCACGGGGGGUCCGGUGGCAGGGGCGUCUCCGUGUCCUCGGCCAGGUUUGUCUCCUCGGGCCUGGGAAGCGGCCUGGGGGGAGGCUACGGAGGCAGCUUCAGCAGCAGCUUUAGCUAUGGGGGCGGCCUGGGAGGCGAUGGGCUCCUCUCGGGGAACGAAAAGGCGACCAUGCAAGGCCUGAACGACCGCCUGGCGUCCUACCUGGAGAAGGUGCGAGCGCUGGAGGAGGCCAACGCCGACCUCGAAACUAAAAUCCAAAACUGGUACCAGAAGCAAGGGCCGAGCCCCACUCGGGACUACAGCCCUUAUUUCAAGACUAUUGACGACCUCCGAGACAAGAUCCUUGAUGCCACCAUUGACAAUGCCAGGAUUUUGCUGCAGAUUGACAAUGCCAGGCUGGCUGCCGACGACUUCAAAACCAAGUUUGAAACCGAGCAGGGACUUCGCCAGAGCGUGGAGGCCGACAUCAACGGCCUGCGCCGCGUCCUGGACGAGCUGACCCUGUCCAGGGCCGACCUGGAGCUGCAGAUCGAAGGGCUGAAGGAGGAGCUGGCUUAUCUGAGGAAGAACCACGAGGAGGAGAUGAGUGCCCUGAGAGGACAAGUAGCCGGCCAGGUCAGUGUUGAACUGGACUCUGCUCCAGGCAUUGACCUGUCCAAGAUCCUGGCGGAUAUGAGAGACCAGUAUGAACAAAUGGCUGAGCAGAACAGGAAGGAUGCUGAGGCCUGGUUCCACAGCAAGACCGAGGAGCUGAACCGGGAGGUGGCCAUUAACACCGAACAACUGCAGAGCAGCAAGUCCGAGGUCACCGACCUGAGGCGCAGCCUGCAAGGGCUGGAGAUCGAGCUGCAGUCCCAGCUCAGCAUGAAAGCGGCCCUGGAAAGCACCUUGGCCGACACCGAAGCGCGUUACGGGGCGCAGCUGGCGCAGAUCCAGGGGCUGGUUGGCAGCAUCGAGGCACAGCUGGCGGAGCUCCGAGCCGAGAUGGAGCGCCAGAACACCGAGUACAAGAUCCUCAUGGAUAUCAAGACUCGGCUGGAGCAAGAGAUCGCGACCUACAGGCAGCUGCUGGAGGGCCAGGAGUCGCAGAUGUUUGGCUCCCUUUCGGGAACUGCUGACAAAAGAGACAAGAUGGGAGGUGGAAAACAGCACUGAGGAUCCCCAAAAGAUCAUCUGCAAAGUGAGAAAAGACAGACAGCACACAGAGAUUGAGACGGAGAGGAAUCACUCUGAACCGCUGGAAACGACUUUUAAAGCACAGAAAGUUCUUGGGCACACAAAGUUUGGGCAGAUUCACUCCCAAACUGGUGAUUAAGUUGCAAACAGAGUCAACUUUGCAAUUAUUUCUAGGUCUUGCAUGUACUGAAUUGCUGCAUCUACUCAAAUAAAGAUGAUC